AUGGCAUCGCUCUGUCAGGCUCUGGAAACUGUGAGGCGAGAUUUAAGGCGAACUGACAGAGAAAUCAAGAGGCGCUUAAGACUCAUGGACAUGCAUUGCUGCCAUACCUUGUGCAACCGCCAUCUGCACUUACAUUGCCUCUGUGACGUAAGUCUCCACCCACAUUGCUGCUGUUCUCUCCAUCCGUAUCCACACUGCCUCUGUAGCACCUUGUGCUGCAGCCCAUGUCGAAUACCAUGCCUCUCAGCGCUGGAGAGGAGAGCUAUUCGAGCUAGAAUAGAAGCUGAGCAAGAACUGGCCAGGAUUCGAAGAAGGGUUGCUAAGAUGCUGGCAUCAUCCGCUCGUCCAAAGCUUUUAGCUUUAAUGGACGUUAAGGGUUUUGAUCCAGAGGACAUUACUGUUAAAAUACAAGAUGGGAAAGUCAAAGUGUCAGCUGAACAUGAGGAAGAAUUUAAGACCUGCCAAGGAAAGGAGUACAACUACUCAACAGUCACCAAGGAGAUCAUAUUGCCACCUGGAGUGAAUGAUGAUGACAUCACUUACUCCAUAGGGCCUACCAGUCUUGUAAGAAUAGAAUCUCCACGCCCAUGUCCUCCUUGCCUGCUGAGUUUGCUUUGA